GGUAUUUAGAGAUAAAGUUGUAAAGUGAAAGAAUAAGAAGGGGGAUAUGCUGUAAUUUCUUAUUAAUGAGGUAGUAGGCUUGAAGAUUAGGACAGAAGGAUUAAGGAGUUACAUUGAUAAUUCUCACAUUAGUGGCAAAAGGAUUACAUGGGGAAUGAUAGUAAAUCCAAUGUGAAGUAGAAGUUUUGGAAUUUAUUUGUUUUGUGGACUUCUGACAUAUUUAAAAAAAAAUCAAAGAUGAGUACUGUAGAUGGAACCUAUAUACCUAGCCCCACCCCCAAACCCCACCCCCGCAUCACUGCUGAGGCUGCAGGCUAUGCUGAUAGAAACAGGGGAAACAUGGAGAAAUGGUUUGAUUACACCGGAGAAGAUUCCUAUGAGUCGCCGAGGCCUGCCGGUCGGGCUGUGACCGAGGAAGGAAAAAGAAACGCGGAUUUAAAUAAAGGAUCAAUGUCUAAUAUAAUGGGUGGUUAUGCCGACCCCCCAAUGCAAAGAGUUGUUCAUCCACGUGCCGUAAAAGGAGACGCAGCGGAAAUCGCAAAUCAGAGUAAAGGCGGAGCUAUGAAGGAUUUAAUGGAUAAUUACGGACAUUUAUCUCUUGACGAAAAACCCACUCAUAAAGUACACGGCCAGGACGCAGAAGAGUAUGCCGAAAGGAAUCACGGUACGAUGGAUAAAAUAAUGAACAAUUACGGACAGUUAAGUCCGGAACAACCUCCACCUCAGAAAGUUAGUUACGGAGGUGAGGAAGUUGCGGAGAAAUAUCGGGGUGCGGGAAUGGGACCAUUGUUACGUAUGGAGGGUGAGGCAACACAGGCCGAGCCAAAGAUAGGAAGAUUACAUCAGACCUCACAAGGACCUGGUUGGGAUGAGGAUCCUCCAGCUGUUAGGACGAGGCCGGAGGCUGAGGGUAUAGCCGAUAAGCAACAUUCUGAAUUUGUGGGUAACUUGAUGAGAGGCGAUGUAGACCCACCAACUGUGAGAGACACCAAAGUUCAAGCUCACAUGCAGGAGUCGGCUACACCGCGACCUCAGACGAGUCCAUUGCGUACACGGCCAGAGGCGAGACAUAAUUACAACAAGAACCAGUCUUCUGAGAUGUCAGCCAUCAUGCAUGGGGAAGUUACUACUGCUACACCAAAUAAGAAAAGUAAUAGAAUGAUGAUGAAGUCAGAGGGAUGGUAGCCAAUCAGAGACUUUAGUUUUGGUCAUGUGAUCUCUUGAUCAGCCAAUCGGUUUUGGUCAUGUGAUCUCUUGAUCAGCCAAUCGGUAAUGGUCAUGUAAUCUCUUGAUAAGCCAAUCGGUUUUGGUCAUGUGAUCUCUUGAUCAGCCAAUCGGUUUUGGUCAUGUGAUCUCUUGAUUAGCCAAUCGGUUUUGGUCAUGUGAUCUCUUGAUCAGCAAAUCAAUAUUGAUCAUGUGACAAAUCUAUGACCUAAUAAAUAGUUAUUUAUCAAAGAUUUGAAGAAGAAAUAAAUAUUAAAUAAAUUCCAGAAUUAUUUUGAAAAUUGAUUUAAUAAUUAAAACAUUUUUUUUCCAUAUCAUUAUACCUGAGGGCAUAUUAGUGAAAUAGAAAUAAGUAAGAUUCCUAAGAAAUUGCUCAAAUUAUGAGCUACUUUUGAAUGUUGUGUGAAAUGUCAGAUAUUGUCUUGUUUGAAAUUUUGAAAAUUUCCAAACUUUUUUUUUUGGAUUUACUUUAUAACUGUUGUUAAAGAAUUUUUAAGUAUGUUAGCUUUUGUCCUGAAAACGUUUAGUGUAAUGCUUUUUGGCAGCAUGUUCUAUGUUUUAUUUUCCAACAACUUGCAUAAUUUGAUUUAUUUUUUAUCUCCACAUUUUCAACAGUCAUUCACAAAUUGUUUCAAAUAGAUCGCAUACAAAUUAAAGUUAUACGCAACUGUCAUGCCAGCAUUUGUGCUUUGAAGUACUUUGGUCUCAUUCUAAACAUGACAUAAUAUUAUGGACACUUGUCACUCAAACAUUUUUAUAUUGCACACAAAAUAUUUUAAAUCUUGUAUUCAUCACUUUGAUAUGACAGGUUAAGUCUUCCAAACAAAUUUUUUUUUAGUCAGACAUUUGAAAAAUUAAAGAAUUAUAACAUAUUUUUAUAUGACAUUUAAGUUUGUUAGAUUAAUCUCCCUUGUUCAAGUAAAGUUUGUUAGAUUGAUUUCCCUUUGUUAAGUGAUAAAUAGAAAGAAAUUAUUUUUGAAAAGUUGUAUUUGAAUUGUGAUACUUUUGGGUCCAGAUGUGAAUGUUAGAUUCGUGCCUAGAAUAAGUUAGGAAAAAAAACAAGAAAAGUACAUGUCUUGCUAAAAUAUAUGUCUAAAACUAGCUUGGAAUUUAUAUUAAGUGAAUUAAAUUAUAUGCCUAAAGUAAGGUAGGGAUUUUUAUAACCCGAACCAAAAUACAUGCCUGUACUUAAAUAGAAUUAUAAGAACCAAAACCAAAAUAAAAGCCUAAAAUGAUUUGACAUCUUAGUAACUAAUUUCCAUGGUUUUGAAAGUACACUAAUAAAUAUAUUAGUUACUCAUUUCAAUGGUACAAUUUAAAACAUGUGUAGAAUUGUAUUUUGACACUUUGGAUAGCCUUACAAGUAUAUAAAUGGCAUUUACACUUGAAAUUGACCGAUUUUAUAGACAUCAUUGUACAUGUAUAUGUAUAUAUCUGAUUGCGUAUUCUUCUUUCUACCAUUUGUGAUUGUGACGAUAUUCAGCUUGCAUCAUGUGUAAAGUGUAAAGCCAGGGAUGAUUAUUAUAAUGAUGUGUUCAUUCCUUUUGUGUUGUGAAAACUUAUCGUGUUAUUUUUGUAUAUAUAUUUUACACGUUUACGUCUCGCUUUUUGUGUAUACAUAACUUUUUCAAUGUUUUUUAUGACGUAUUUCCAUUGUGUUUUUGAUCUGAUUAGUAUCAAGUUGAUUUAAGUCAGGGCAAGAAUCUGGCUACAAUAAUUAGACUGAAAAAAAAAAAAUUUUUUAAAA